CCAGCGGCAGGAAAAGGAGCGAAUGGCCCCGGCCGUGCUGCCAGAGGGAAGGGCUGGCUGGCUGGCGGGGGCAGCGCCGGGAGAGCCCCGGGACGGGCGGUGAGUACGGAGCGAGGACGGCUCCGCUGCCGGGAGGGCUCUGCCCAAGGCUGACAGAAUGACAAGGAGCAGCCAGGGGGACGUGGCCCGGAACGCGCUCUGCAGGAGCCCCUUUCUCAGCGUCAAGUUCUUUGUGUUCUGCCACGGGCUGCUGCAGCUCUCCCAGCUCCUGGUCUCUGGCUACCUGAAGAGCUCCAUCUCCACCAUCGAGAGACGCUAUGGCCUCUCCAGCCAGACCUCGGGGCUGCUGGCCUCCUUCAACGAGGUUGGGAACACGCUGCUGAUCGUCUUUGUCAGCUACCUGGGCAGCCGCGUGCACCGGCCGCGCCUCAUCGGCUGCGGGGCCCUGCUGGUGUCCCUGGCCGGCUUCCUGAUGGCCCUGCCCCACUUCCUCACGGGGCCCUACGAGUACGACCGCUCCGUGGCCAGCACCUCCAGCAACACCACGGACCUGUGCCAGCCCGGGGCGCCGGGGGCCUGGGCCAACCUGAGCGAUGCCAGCUGCACCCCCCACGCCUCCAGGGAGAACCACGAGGUUCUCCUGGUGAUGUUCGUGGCCCAGGCCCUGCUGGGCAUCGGCGGCGUGCCCAUCCAGCCCUUCGGUAUCUCCUACAUCGACGACUUCGCCAGCGAGAGGAACUCCCCCCUCUACCUGGGAAUCCUGUUCUCCCUGACGGUGGUUGGGCCGGGGGUGGCCUUCAUGCUGGGCUCUGCCAUGCUCAGGUUCUACGUGGACGUGGACAAAGUCAGCUCAGCUGAGGUGCAGCUCACCAACAAGGACCCGCGCUGGGUCGGGGCCUGGUGGCUCGGCUUCCUGGUGGCCGCCAGCCUGGUGGCCCUGUGCGCCCUGCCAUACUUCUUCUUCCCGCGGGAAAUGCCCAAAGAGGAAUCAGUGGAGACUGGGGGUUCCCCGACCUGUUUGGCCAGCUCAGCCUGGGGAUGCAGUGAUUUACUGCUGGCUGAGGUGCUGAGAGGGAAGGACAGAGGCAGCAAGAAGAGGGAGAACAUGCUGAGCCAGCUCAGGCCGAGGUCCCAGCACACGGAGAGCCUCUCCCUGGCGGAGUUCAUCAGACGUUUUCCCGUGGUGCUGCUGAGGAACCUGCGGCACCCCGUGUACCUGCUGGUGGUGCUGGCUCAGGUCAACAUCUCUGCCAUGGUUGCUGGAUUAGCAACCUUCAUGGGCAAGUUCCUGGAGAGACAGUUCUCCCUCACAGCCUCCCUGGCCAACAUGAUCAUUGGUGCUGUGAACAUCCCCGGGGCCAUGGUCGGGAUCGUGGUGGGCGGUGCCAUCCUGAAGCGGUUCCAGGUGUCCCUGAGGCAGUGCAGUGCCCUGUGUGUGCUGGGCAUGCUGCUCUGCCUGCUCACCGCCUUCCCCCUGCUCUUCCUGGGCUGCCCCACGCAGAAGGUGGCGGGUGUCACCCACUGGGACAGCUCUGGCUCUGGCCACCCCGCCACGGCGUGCAACGCGCGGUGCCGCUGCCCCGAGAGCGGCUUCAACCCCGUGUGCGGCUCCGACGGCGUGGAGUACACGUCCCCCUGCUCUGCUGGCUGCAGCAGCGUGGCCCUGCGCCCCGACAGCUCCGUCCUGAACUACACCGGCUGCAGCUGCCUUGGGGCGCCGGGAGCGGCGGGCGUCGCCAGGCCGGGCACCUGCGGCGCCGGCUGCUCCCACCUCUUCGUGCCCUUCGUGGUGCUCUCCUGCCUGGCAGGCAUCCUGGCCAGCACCUCCCACACGCCGUCCUUCAUGCUCAUCCUGAGGAGCAUCCAGCCUGAAGACAAAUCAUUUGCUGUUGGCAUACAGUUCAUGCUGCUGAGAGUUUUAGCGUGGAUGCCGGGCCCGGUGCUGUACGGCAGCGCCAUCGACACCAGCUGCGUGCUGUGGGAGAGGAGGUGUGAGCGCAGGGCAGCCUGCAGAUACUACGACAAUACCCUCUUCAGGCACAGGUAUCUGGGGCUGCAGUUCUUCUUCGAGGUGGGCGCCUUCCUGUGCUUCGGGGCCGUGUAUCUGAUCCUCAGGAAGCAGGAGAGGGAAGCCAGCCAGGCAGAGGAGACAAAGGCCGAGCCAGAGAAGGAGAAACUGGCAGGAAGGUCCACAAAGAGCCCGGAAUCCAAAGUGUGACAGUGAAAUGUGGAUCGUGAUCCGUGCUGGGGAGGUGAAUCAGCCCACAGCCGAGCUGGGCAGGGUGGAUGCUUGGAGUGAUGGACCCGGGGCUGCUUCCUGCUCUCUCGGCUGGGAUGGACUCUUCCUGCACUGCAUGGAUCCAUCCACACGUUGUUCUCCUCAGGGGUGCAGCUUGUCCCUCCACAUGGAUUAGUCCUCACUCUUUAACCCGUGGACUCUGCAGCCUCCUGGGUUUGUGUCCUGCAAAGCAGUUUUUCCUGCUGACCGUCUCGGGAUGCCAGCACUGAACAGUAACCAUAAAUCUGAAGGGUUCUGUGGAGUGGUUUUUUUUUAAAUAAAUCAUUUUUAAGAAAUGGUUUUGUAC